GAAUUAAAUAAUGUGGUUCUAUGUCUGUGCAUUCACGCCGAUGUAUUUUGGAGUUUUAUGAGUGAAAAAGUUUCAAAAAUACGUUUAGACGUUGUCCAAGUUCUUCUGAGAAUUUUCCAACUUUUUCUGGAAUUUAUUCUCCUUUUCCUUGAGCUUAAUCCAAUUUUUUUUGGAUGGUUCUAAAAUCCUUUUCAUGAGCUCCAAAUAUUUUAUUUGGAUUCCUUGUGUCCCAAUCUGUCUCUGGGAUUUUUCCCGGAAUUUUAGAAUUUUCUAAAUAUUUUUCAUGCUCUAAUAACAUUAUCUAGAAUUUCUAGAUUUGUUUUUACACUGGAAAUGUUUAUGGAAAUUCUAAAUCUAUCCUUUUCCUUAAGCCCGGCCCACAUCGGCCCAGCAGGCCGGCCUCUUCUUCUCCCAACCGCGGCCCACCUCCCUUUUUCCACCGGCCCGACUCAACUCCCUCUCUCCUUUUCUUUUUCCGCCGGCCCAUCACCACGCCUCCACGCCAGGCCGGCCCAUCAGCUCCCCCUCUCUCCCUCUCACCGACAGGUGGGGCCCACCUGUCGGGAUCGUCCCUCACCUCCGGCCAGGCGCCCGCUCGUUCCCCUGCUCCAAUCGCGCCGCCCCGUCUGCCGGCGCCGCUCCGGUUCCUCGCGCCCCUCCGCCUCCCUCCACGCGCACGCGCCGCCAGCGCCCCCUCUUCAAGAGCCAGUAACGGCCGCUCCUCCUCCGUCGCCAAUAAUGGCCACCACCGGCCGUUACUCCUCCCUUGGCGCUGUCUCCGCUCCUUCCCUCCGGCUUCUCCCUGCGCCGCUCCUUCUCCCGCGCGCCGCCGCUGCGUCUCCUCCGCUUCCCCUCCCGCGAAACGAACGGCCCUCCACCAAGCCGCCAUUAAUGGCCGGCCGAAGCUCUUCCUCUCCUCUGGCGCCACCUCAGCUGCCACCUAGCUCCUAUAAAACGCACCUCCGCCACCAGAGCCCCCCCCCCCCCUCCCCUUUUCCGCCACCAAUCGCCACCAGCGCCGCCGGACCGCGCCCCUGCACCACGCCGUCCAACCGCCGCCGCAUCUCCGGCCACCGUUGCCUCGCGCCGCUUCCCAAGCCCGGCGCGCCUCAACCGCAUCAGCCGCGCGCGCCCUGCCUCCCUGGCCCGGCCGCCGUCGCUGCCAGCCUGGCCGCCGCCGGCCGGAAGCACCCUCCCGGUCACCACUGUGAGCGGACGGAAGAAGUCAGUGACGAACCGAAGGAUUGAAGAAGAGGAUAAGAAGUGGAAGUUUUGCCGGUGAAGCCCCUUCCGCGUCCUCCUCUCGCCCAUCUCCACCUUCUGCACCUUUUGCCCGGAGUCCGCCGCGCCGAAGCGCCGGCGAGGCCGCCGGACAGAGCUCCUGCGCAAGCGUGCGCGUGAACACUGGAAGAAGGAGAUAAGGUGGCCGUUUUGCGUUUCAGCCCCUGAAGACCUCAGAAACUCUAUGAUCUAACCCUGAAGUUCCACCUUUUCGCGGGUUCUGUUCUCUGAGUCUCGAAGGAUCGCUGUUCGAAGCUUUGAAGGUUAACAGUUUUAAGAAAGCAGGGUCUGAAGAGUAGUAAGAGUAACUUUUCGUUGG